CCUUCUUCACCUUCUUCACCUUCUUCACCUUUCCGCCCUGCCCUUCUUCGCUGUUUAACCCUAGCCUUUUCUUCUUCAAUUUCACUUUCCCUACAAUGGUUGUAGCUCUUCUUCGCAGAACUCCAGGCUCUCUUGCCUCAGCUAUCCGCCUUCACCGUGCCUCUGUUGCCGUUCCCGCUGCCCGCUUCUUGAGUACCCAUGUCACAAACGCGGCCUGUGAGGAUCACGAGCCUGGUUUCCUGGGCUCUGUCGAGACUUUCUAUGAUCGCGCUGCCAAGAUCAGCGGUGUCCCUGAAAAGACCUUGACUGGCAUCAGGGCUGUUGACUCGGUCUUAAGCGUCAAGUUCCCAGUCGAAGUCGAUCCUGAUACCCACAUCAUCGUCGAGGGCUACCGUGCCCAGCACUCUCGUCAUCGCCUCCCUUGCAAGGGAGGUAUCCGUUUCUCGGAUGAGGUUGACCUCGAGGAGGUCGAGGCUUUGGCUUCCUUGAUGACCUACAAGUGCGCUGUCGUCGAUGUCCCUUUUGGAGGUGCUAAGGGAGGUGUCAAGCUCGACCCCAAGAAGUUCACCCCUGCUCAACUCGAGCGCAUCACUCGUCGCUACACUAUGGAGCUCUGCCAGAAGAACUUUAUCGGACCUGGUGUGGAUGUUCCUGCCCCUGACGUCGGAACCGGCCCUCGCGAGAUGUCCUGGAUCAUGGACACUUACCGUCAGUUCAAUCCCCAGGAUGUCAACGCUGCUGGGUGCGUCACCGGCAAGCCUAUUUCGCAGGGAGGUGUCCGCGGCCGUAAUGAGGCCACCGGCCUGGGCGUCUACUAUGGUAUCCGUGAGUUCUUGCAGUUCCCAGAGAUCCAGAAGGCGACUGGCUUGACCAGCGAGAUCGCAGGCAAGUCUAUCAUUGUCCAAGGCUUUGGAAACGUCGGCUACUGGGCUGCAAAGUUCUUCCACAACAACGGUGCUAAGAUCAUUGGUAUUGGUGAACACGAUGUUGCUGCUUAUGAUCCCAACGGCCUCGACGUUGAGGCUCUCUUCAAGUACCGUGGCGAGAAGGGAUCGUUCCGUGGCUUCAAUGGUGCAGAAAUGAUCGAGGACCCUAUCAAGAUUUUGGAACGCGAGUGCGAUAUCCUGAUUCCUGCUGCCCUUGAGCGUCAGAUCGGCCUCAAAAACGUCAAGAACAUCAAGGCCAAGAUCAUUGGUGAAGCCGCCAACGGCCCCAUCACCCCUGCUGCGCAUGACUACCUCGUUGCCCAGGGUAAGGUCGUCAUUCCUGACUUGUUGUUGAACGCCGGAGGAGUCACUGUCUCGUACUUUGAGUGGCUCAAGAACUUGUCGCACGUCCGUUUCGGCCGUAUGUCCCGCAAGUGGGAGGAGGCUGGUAAGGACAAGCUCUUGACCUUGGUUGAGGAGAACGCUGGCCGCCAGUUGACCCCUCAGGAGCGUCGCGCUGUCAUCCACGGAGCUGAGGAGCAUGAGCUCGUCUACUCUGGCCUUGAGGAUACCAUGAUUGGUGCCUGCGAAGAGACCCGUGCCACUGCUGCACUCAAGAACACUGACUUCCGUACUGCUGCCCUUAUCAAUGCCAUUCAGAAGAUUUCAACUGUUACCACCCAGUCUGGCCAAAUGUUCUUGUAAAAAAAGAACAGAAAACUUAACGCCCAACUCAACUCAUUAUACUGACUCCCCUUUAGUAUACUUUUCUGAGCAUUAUCCAAUCCUAUUGUACGAUAGAUCCAUAUUCAUUAUAAAAAAUAAAAACCAAGAAGGUUGCCAU